GAGGAGUGUCGAACUUACUCAAUGUUUUACUGAAGAUGAAUGUAUAGAAACAGAAAAAUACAAAUUUCUCCUCGUGGCCAUUAGCAGUGGACUAACUCACCAGAAGCGAACGUUUCGGUGGUAUAUUGGUGGAGUACUCAGUAUUCGUCCACCUAAAUCUCUCGAUUCAACAUCAGUAGAGUAUCCAGAAACGCAACAAGAAUGUCAAGUUCGAGAAGACAAAGUUUUACAAGAUUGGCAAGGUUCGCAAAGUCGUCCAAUUCAAGAAAUUAAAAUCAUUACAACAGAACCAAACUGA